AGUGCUUGCAGUUGAUGUUAAGAAAAACAGCAUACUCGUCUAUAUUAUUAUUACUAUUAGUGCCAAUCAGAGAUAAGUAACAAUGAAGUUUACUCAAGUACUUCAUAAACACCAUCUAGGUAGGGCAAUACGAAUGAUGUGGCAAACAGGCCGAACAAGACCUGUACCAGUUACUAAUGCAGAAGAAAUUUUAGUAUCUCAGGGUUUCAAAGUAGAGGAUGCUUUAGAAGUAAUAAAACCACCAAAACCAUUUCCAAGAGUUGACGUGCCUUCCAUAGAGCAUGUAGACCCAGAUUGGAAGGAAAGAAAUUGUUUGAUAUAUAAAGAGCAUCAUCUUUUACAUGGAGGUACAUCACAAGCCCUUCAAUUGACAAAAACAUUAAAAAUCGAUGAUGAAAUUCCAUCAAGAGUAAAAGAUUUGAUUGCAGACAUCCCAGAACAUAUAGAUGAUAUAGUACAACGAAAUGUUUACACAUCCACUAUCUAUGAUGCACAGCAGGUAAAAUUACCAAAAUUGAAAGAUCCUAAUAGACCAAGUUGGGUAUUUCCUAGACAAUAUGGAAUAACAAGUACAAGGAAGAUGCAUAACAUAACAAAAAAAUUUUUACAAUUGUGUGAAUCAUUAUGUGGACUUAAUAUUGCACAAAAUCGAUCAAUGGUGCAUGAUGGAAUUUUAUCUAUGUGCAUAGAUAAAGAAUUAGACGUUAUAAACUUUUCAUUAAAAAUGGAUCUAAUAAUGACAUCAUUAAUGCCUUUAACACCAAUAGUUGAUGCAAGGGCAAAUAGUGAGCUUGAAAUUCCUGAUAUUCAUCCAUUACAUUGUACUGUUGGUAUAGUGCAAACAAAUUCUUAUAAGAACGAGGAUAUAUACCCAAUUGUUACGAAUUCUGUGAUGAAGAAUAUUCACACAAUAUUUAUAAAUAAUAAUCCAGAAGAAGUAAAAAAUAUAACAGAACUUCCAGUCUUUGAAGACCAAAUUCAUGCACGGUCAUUGAUAGAAUCAUUUACAGCAGCAGGAACUUAUGCUCGACAAAGGUUCGGAUUAGAUGUAAAAGAAUUACCAGAACCUGUUGUUGUACAAUGUAUUCAAUCGGAUAAUCAAAAUUUUCAUUUCUCUGUAUAUCAACUGAAUACAUUAGAUGUUGAUGGUGUACAGGGGAUAAAAAAUUUUUGGUGGUCAGCACCAACAUUAAAACUGUAUGAAAAAUCGAAGUAUGAAAAUGGAAAACCAUGUCUUUAUGAAUACAACAAUGAAGUAUUUAAAAGAUUUCUUGCUUUCUAUAAGAAUUACUAAAUAAAAAUAUUUAUUAUU